CCCCCCCCCCACUUCCCCCUCCCUUUCUACCAUUCCCUCCGGUUCAGUCCUCUCCCCGCAUCUCCCUUCGCUCUCCCCUCUACAGCUUCGAUCUAUAGAAUUACGCUAUCGUCAAGAUGUCGCAAAGCCAUGCACUUUCCGAUGACCAGGUUGCGGGCGAGCUCCGCAAGAUGACGGCCUUCAUCCGGCAGGAAGCGGUGGAGAAGGCCCGUGAAAUCCAGCUCAAGGCCGAUGAGGAAUUCGCCAUUGAGAAGUCUAAGCUCGUCCGCCAGGAGACCGCCUCCAUUGACACUCAGUACGAGAAGAAGUUCAAGCAGGCCUCCAUGUCCCAGCAGAUCACUCGCUCUACCCUUGCCAACCGCACUCGGCUCCGUGUCCUCUCUGCGCGCCAGGAACUCCUCGACGAUCUGUUCCAGCAGGCUCGUGACCAGAUCUCCGGUAUCGCAGCCAAGGAUGCUGAGAAGUAUGAGACCGUGCUGAAGAAUUUGGUCCUUGAGGGCCUGUACGCUCUCAACGAAGAGAAGGUGGCUAUUAGAGCGAGAAAGCAAGAUACCGAUACUGUGAAGAAGGCCAUCGAGGAUGCCGAGAAGGAAUUUAAGGAGACUGUCGGCAAGGAGGUGUCCGCGGAGCUGGACGAGGAGGAGCCGUUGCCCGAGGGAUCUGCUGGUGGUGUGGUCAUCAUCGGAGGGCAGGGUAAGAUCGAGAUUAACAACACGUUCGAGGAGCGGCUGCGCCUGCUCGAAAUCGACGCCCUGCCCGCCGUCAGGGAGACGCUGUUCGGCAAGAACACCAACCGGAGAUUCUAUGAUUAGGCCAUAUAUGCGCGUCUCUUGCCAAGCGAAUCUACAAUACCUGAACCUGUUUCGUCGUUGCUGCAGCCAUUAUAUCUAUGUACCCCGGUUCUUUUCUAGGAGAGCACCAUAGCCUUGUAUAAAGUCCUUCAAUUCGUUUAUCGGGAGUCCAUCAGAAUUCGAAUGGCAACUUCAUUCUCUAUCAUUUUGUUCUAAAAAUGGGUAAACCCCGAGACUUUUUAUAAUCAUUUAGAAUGCGUAGAUGAAUUCCAGUCCGUCCAACCUUCUCAUGACAAUUUCCCAACAAGAACCUAUAAGAUCAUAUUGAUAGUAUCCGCACUACUCAGCAGCAAG